CUUUCACGGCUUGUUUUUCACAGUCACAAAGCUUAUGAAAAUAUUAUAAGGUAUAUCAAAUAUAAUGUUUCAAAAAUAAUUAUAGCCGGAUAUGUGCGGAGUGGCCCGAAGAUAUAGCUUCGUAAUUUUAUCAUUAUAUUUACUUGGUAGGUAUUUUUCUACGCCUUAGAUAUGUCUAAACAGAAAUUGAUAGAAGAUAGAAUAAUUAUCAAAACUUUUGUAUAGUAGGUCCUGUUUAGUUGUAACUUCGCAGUCAAGAUGGUUCAAGCUUGGUAUAUGAAUAAUGAGUCUUACGAUAAAAGGGAAGAACACCACAAAAGUCCUCCUGAAUAUGUAUCUCUGGAUGAUUUAUUUGAAAUAUCAGGUGUAGAAUAUUACAAGAUCAACAUUGAUACUCUAAAAUCUGAUGGUGUUUUGGACAAAAUUAAAUCAGAUCGAGGAUAUACAUAUGAAGAUGAAAUAACAAUUUCACCUGAUCGCUUGCCCAAUUAUGAAGAGAAACUUCAAAUAUUUUAUUCCGAACAUUUGCAUACUGAUGAGGAAAUUCGUUUAUGUGUGGAAGGCUCUGGAUAUUUUGACAUUAGAGAUAAUAAUGAUCAAUGGAUUAGAGUCCAUGUUGUUCCUGGUGAUUUAUUAAUUGUUCCUGCAGGCAUUUAUCAUAGAUUUACUUUGGAUACAAAGAAUUUUAUUACUGCUAGAAGAUUUUUUGUGGGCGAGCCAGUGUGGACACCGUAUAAUCGCCCAGCUGAUGAGAUGCAGGCAAGAAAAGAAUAUAUAGAAAAUUUAAGUAAUGGCAAGUUUGUUAACGUACACUAAAUAAUUCUAAGCACACCUUUACAAGAUGUUAUUUACAUGAAUAAGGAAACAUUUAAGAAGGGAGAUAAUAAAGUGCCUGUUAUCUUGUUUUUAAGGUUUAA